AUGGCGUUCAAGCCUAAGGGUAAGUCGCACCAGCCUCCAACUUGGGGGUUUGGCCUUCCGCCUCUGAAUAAUAUGAAAAAAUCAUUAGGAAGGAAGAGAAAAUGUGUCAAGUGGUCUGCCGGUCUCGGUGUUGUCUUCUUUGUUGUUUUCAUUAUUUUGCAUGGGUUUCCUGGAUCGAAAAGAAAUCCAGAAACUUCAAUUGUUCCAGCACAUGGUUACUAUGUUAAUGAGGUACCCGCAUCUAGCCAAUUGAUAUUCCCAACUGUGGAGCAUACUCCAAUAUUGAAGGAUAUGGGGAUCAGGUCUUUAUUUAUUUUGCGUAUGGAGGUCGACGGGUCGAAGAGAUACGUUUAUAAGCCGAAUGAUGUUCCACUGCCAGACGAGGAGAAAAAAAAAAUUAUGAGCCAAGAGACUUUGGCUAAACGUGCAUUUUUAGAUCAUGGUAAAUUAGUUUAUCGCAGAGAAAACGAACUCAAAACAGUUAUUGUAAGCUUGAUUGAUUUCGAGAACGAGGAUCUAGAUAGCAUUAUCGCCGUUGUCCAAAACAGAGUAGACUACGCCCAGAAGCACAACUAUGGUGUUUAUAUUCGCUGGAUACAAGAAUUUAUACCAAUUUUAGCGGAACAAGAUCUCUCUCGGAGCGGAGAGUUCUGUAAACUACUGGUAAUGAGGGCCGCCAUGCAUGCUUUCCCAAACGCAGAAAACUUCCUAUUUGUUGACAACAAAUCUUUGAUAAUGAAUCUCAAACUAUCUGUCGAAAGGGAUAUCUUGAAUCCCAGUACAUUGGAUCUUACUUUAAAGAGAGACGUGUCAGUCUCAACAAAUUCACCAAUCAAAACGUACACCAACUUAGACCUGAAGUCUGUUAAACUGAUCAUUCCCCAAAAUAACAGGGGCGAACUUGACAUAUCCUCGUUUUUGGUCAAGAACAGCGUGCAAAGUAAGGCGUUCUUGGAGUACGUUUCAGAUCCGCUAAUUAGGGAUUUUGACGGCAUCAGUAUAUCAGAGGCUAUAAGCCAUGUGCUACAAUGGCACCCCGAAUUGCUCUCUCGAACAGCCAUCGUGAUCUCAAAACUAAUGUCAAGCGAAUACGAUGCAGAGACGCUGCUUGAUGAGAACCAGAACUCGUUCCACUACUCAAAGGGUGACUUCGUUGCCCAUUUCAAAGACUGUGCAGUAAAGGGAACGUGCAAUGCCGACAUCACAAACCUGUACAAUAAACUCCAACAUAAUCCCUCUUCAUAA